AUGAGGACAGGCUUCCCGAACAUCUCUGGAAGUUCAGAAUGCGCUCAAAAACUGCGCAAAACAUUCAGUAUUGACGCAGAGCUCAAAAGGCUGAAUGUCGAUAUUGCAGCUUUACAGGAAACCAGAAUCGAGGAUGAAGGCUCUAUCCGUGAAGCUAACUACACUUUUUACUGGAAAGGCAAGAGCUCCUCAGAAAAAAGAGAGCACGGAGUUGGCUUUGCGGUGCGUAAUCACUUAAUCAACGCGAUAGAGCCACCAAUUGGUAUAUCUGAACGCAUGAUCUUGCGACUUAAUACUAAAAGCGGCUAUGUUACUUUUAUCUCCGCUUACGCACCAACACUCAACGCUACAUCCGAGACCAAGGACCAGUUUUACAACCAGCUCGAAGAAACGGUUCGUAAUGUGCGAUUAUCCGACAGACUACACAUUUUGGGUGACUUUAACGCUCGUGUCGGUCAGAAUUCACCUAACUGGCCUGACUGCCUAGGUGCGCACGGCAUAGGUAAGCUAAACAACAACGGACAACUAUUGUUGGAGUUCUGCUCUAGAAACCGGUUGGGUGUCACCAAUACGUUCUUUAAAGGCAAACUGAUGCGAAAAGUCUCUUGGAUGCACCCUCGCUCAAAGCACUGGCACCAGUUAGAUCUUGUCCUUACCAAAAAGAGGGACCUGCGAGAAACGCUCCAUACACGGACGUUUCAUAGUGCUGACUGCGACAGUGAUCAUAGUUGUUAC